AUUGGAGAAAAUAAUUAAAGCCUGGCACCUGGGGAGGCUUGAUCCCUGGAAGCCUCCUCUUGCUGAAGGAAAAUUCCCUGCCUUUCCAUGUGCUGUGAGUGCUUUGAGUUCAGACUGACAACAGAGUGGGUCUAGCUCCCAUGCUUUCCAUGAAGAUCUCCCACAAAUGUCAUCCACGCUCAUGAGAUGGAUCAACUUGUAUCCUGAACAAGCAAAACUGUUUGGGACUCACUGCCUUCAGGCAGUCCCUUGGAAGCCAAGGACUCCGGGAGCUUUUCAGAUGGGACUGGAAGCACUAGGGCAGGAGUUCCCCUGGUGGGAGGUCUGUUCACCUGUGCAGCCUAAUGGAUGUCCUGCUUGAGGUGCCCUAAUAUUGCAGAUUCUUUGUUUACAGGGGUACCACCUGUGCCCCUGGGACUGUGCUUCUGUACAUGACCACGACUCUCAUGAUGUCCCCUCAGCCCUGGAAAGCAUUUGGGUUAGCUUCCGCUUACUGGUCAGAGUUGUACUGUGCCUGAAUUGAUGCCUCAGGUCAGGUUGGGAAAGAAAAAAAAAGGUUCAGACAGCAAUUAAGGGCUGGGCACAGUGGCUCAUGCCUGUAAUCCCAGCACUUUGGGAAGCUGAGGUGGGCAGAUCACCUGAGGUCAGGAGUUUGAGACCAGCCUGACCAACAUGGUGAAACCCUGUCUCUAGUAAAAAUACAAAAAUAAAAAAAUUAGCUGGGUGUGGUGGUGUGCACCUGUAGUCCCAGCUACUCGGGAGGCUGAGGCAGGAGAAUCGCUUGAACCCAGGAGGUGGAGGUUGCAGUGAGCCAAGAUCACGCCACUGCACUCCAGCCUGGGUGACAGAGCAAGACUCCAUCUCAACAACAACAACAACAAAAAGGAAUUAAGGAGGAAGCCACCUGGCUUUCUAAGAUAGACUUUAUGGUUAAUGGGAUUUAUUUUAGCUGGUUAAGUCCAGGACCCCUACCAGGAAGAACUGAGGUCCAUACUUGAGGUUGGUCUCACCCUUUUGCAUGGGGUCCUACUGAUAAUAAUUUUGCUGUAAAGAAGCCUCAAUAAGGAGAUGGACUGUGUGAAAAGAGAUGAGAAAGCAGGCCUGUUUGCAAGGCUGGCCCUUGGCUGGCAUCUGAAAGCUUGGAUUUCAGGAGGGUUCUCAUUACUCCCUAAAUGGUAAGAGUGGCUCACUGUGCCUAAACUGUUUAUACAAACAAUGUGGGUUAUGCCAAACAUCUGCUUUCCUUCUGGGAGUCGGAUUUUCGUAUGUGUUAGGUAGAGGAUGAGGUGAGCAGCUCCCAAUGAGAACCCUGAACACUGAGUCUGUAAUGAGCUUCACUUGUAGACAACAUUGCACAUGGGUUGUCACAACUGAUUGUUGGAGGAAUUGUGUCCUAUGUGACUCUGCUGGGAGAAGACUGUGGGAGGCUUACACCUGGUUUCCCUGGACUUUGUCCAUGCACUUUUUUCCUUUGCUGAUUUUGCUUCCUAGCCUUUCGCUGUAGUAAAUCAUAGCCAUAAGUAUGACUACAGGCUGAGUCUGUGAAUCUCCUAGUACAUCAUCAGACUAGGAGGUGGUGUUGGCACCCCCAGCACAGGGCACAAGGGAGACUUGCAGGGUGUUUGUCAUGUUCUCUUUCUCAGUCUGGGUGUGGUUUACAGAUUUGUUCAGUUUGUGAAAAUUCACUGAGCUCUAUGUACAAUUAUGAUACGUAUUUUUUUCUGUAAGUAUUAAAUUUCAAUAAAAAGAAUAAUUCACACCAUAGGGUACAAAAUAACUUAAUCUUUCAAAGUCUUCCUUUUAUUCAGCCAACAUUUUAGUAAGUACCCUUUUUUUUUACCAAGCACUGCUCUGGGAGCUUGGGACAUGGGGUAGAAAGGACGGCAUCAUUGUCCUCAUUGUCCUUCAGCUUAGCUGCAAGGCAGGUGAAGGAUGCUUAUAGUAUGGUUGAUUUUUGCUGGGCUCUAUGAAGGAUCAGAGGGUGCUAAGGAGGCACAGAGAAAGAGCUUCUAACUUGGGUAUUUUACUGUUCCAGGGUUGCCACUCAAGUACCUACAGAACAAACGGGUGUAGCUGGAAACUGUGGCAAACUGAAAGCAUGUAGGCACAGAGUAAGUAGCUAGAGCUGAUUUUUUUCAGGAAAGGCCACAGAUCCCAACUUUUAUGAGCUCCUCUUUUAAAUGCUGUAAAUGUUUUACAAUGGCCGGGCACGGUGGCUCACGCCUGUAAUCCCAGCACUUUGGGAGGCCGAGGGGGCAGAUCACUUGAGGUCAGGAGUUCAAGACCAGCCUGGCCAACAUGGUGAAACCUCUUCUCUACUAAAAUUACAAAAAUUAGCCGGGCAUGGUGGUGCAUGCUUGUAAUUCCAGCUACUUGGGAGGCUGAGGCGGGAGGAUUGCUUGAACCUGGGAAGCAGAGGUUGCAGUGAGCUGAGAUCGUGCCACUGCACUCCAGCCUGGGCGACAGAGCAAGAUUCCGUCACAGAAAAAAAAGCGGGGGGAAGGGGAGGCCAAACAAAACCCCACAAGACACAUUUGGCUAUGACCUGCCAGUUUGCUAGGCAUUCUUUCAACCUUCCCUCCCUCUGACCAAGAAACUGAGUGUCCACUAUUUUAGGCCCUGGGAAAUUCAGUAGCGAGCAGGCCAGACAGCUUCGUUGCAUCAUGGGGGGCUCUGGUACUGUGCUUCUCCAACUUCAGGAUGUGUAGGAAUCACCUGAGCAGUCUUGUUGAGAGGCGGACACUGACUCGGGAGGUCUGGGGUAGGGCCUGAACGUUUGCCUUUGCGGUUCUAACAAGCUCUCAGGUGAUGGCGAUGCUACUGUUCCCUGGCCCCUCCUUUAAGCAGCGUUGCUCUGUAAUCCUGAGUUGCUCAGGAGCAGCAGUUAUUUGAAGGAGCAGGGCUAGGGGACUUGCCACGGAGGUAUGUUUGGCAAGCACACUUUUACUUAGAUUUUAGUUCAUUUCGGGUGGCUUGGCUGAGAGCUGACGGCAUCGGAGGCGGGUGCUAAGGCUCUCCUAAACUACCUGUUGGCGUGCCAGUUCCCUACUCUUAGAGAGCUUAUAUUCUAGGUGGGGUGGAGGUGGAGGAAGAUUUAAGUAAAAGCUUCCUGGAGGAGGCGCAAGUGAACCGCAGGAGCUUUCCCGGACGCCCGAGAAGGGGAGAAACUCCGAAGGAAUUCCUCCCCUCUCGGGGCUGGGUCUCCGCAUCCACGCAGGGUUUGGUUUCCCAGGCUGUCCCACGUGUUCGGGUGUCCUUGUCAAUCAGGUUUUCCCCGGCUGGGUCCGGGUUUAAAGGCGGCUGCUGCUCAGGGCGCUCCCAUGGUGCCGCGCGGCGGGCGGGUUUGGAUUUUAAAUCCCCGCGGCCAAUCAGUGGCGCGCAGGCUUUUGUAACGUUCCCAGCGCCGCGUUUGAAUUCGGGGAGGAGCGGAGCGGUGCGGAGCCUCUGCUCGGAUCCAGGUCUGCAGAGCAGCUUCGGGAGCAUGAGUGCGGCGGUGACUGCAGGGAAGCUGGCACGGGCACCGGCCGACCCUGGCAAAGCCGGGGUCCCCGGAGUUGCAGCUCCCGGAGCUCCGGCGGCGGCUCCACCAGCGAAAGAGAUCCCGGAGGUCCUAGUGGACCCACGCAGCCGGCGACGCUAUGUGCGGGGCCGCUUUUUGGGCAAGGGCGGCUUUGCCAAGUGCUUCGAGAUCUCGGACGCGGACACCAAGGAGGUGUUCGCGGGCAAGAUUGUGCCUAAGUCUCUGCUGCUCAAGCCGCACCAGAGGGAGAAGAUGUCCAUGGAAAUAUCCAUUCACCGCAGCCUCGCCCACCAGCACGUCGUAGGAUUCCACGGCUUUUUCGAGGACAACGACUUCGUGUUCGUGGUGUUGGAGCUCUGCCGCCGGAGGUCUCUCCUGGAGCUGCACAAGAGGAGGAAAGCCCUGACUGAACCUGAGGCCCGAUACUACCUACGGCAAAUUGUGCUUGGCUGCCAGUACCUGCACCGAAACCGAGUUAUUCACCGAGACCUCAAGCUGGGCAACCUUUUCCUGAAUGAAGAUCUGGAGGUGAAAAUAGGGGAUUUUGGACUGGCAACCAAAGUCGAAUAUGAUGGGGAGAGGAAGAAGACCCUGUGUGGGACUCCUAAUUACAUAGCUCCCGAGGUGCUGAGCAAGAAAGGGCACAGUUUCGAGGUGGAUGUGUGGUCCAUUGGGUGUAUCAUGUAUACCUUGUUAGUGGGCAAACCACCUUUUGAGACUUCUUGCCUAAAAGAGACCUACCUCCGGAUCAAGAAGAAUGAAUACAGUAUUCCCAAGCACAUCAACCCCGUGGCCGCCUCCCUCAUCCAGAAGAUGCUUCAGACAGAUCCCACUGCCCGCCCAACCAUUAACGAGCUGCUUAACGACGAGUUCUUUACUUCUGGCUAUAUCCCUGCCCGUCUCCCCAUCACCUGCCUGACCAUUCCACCGAGGUUUUCGAUUGCUCCCAGCAGCCUGGACCCCAGCAACCGGAAGCCCCUCACAGUCCUCAAUAAAGGCUUGGAGAACACCCUGCCUGAGCGUCCCCGGGAAAAAGAAGAACCAGUGGUUCGAGAGACAGGUGAGGUGGUCGACUGCCACCUCAGUGACAUGCUGCAGCAGCUGCACAGUGUCAAUGCCUCCAAGCCCUCGGAGCGUGGGCUGGUCAGGCAAGAGGAGGCUGAGGAUCCUGCCUGCAUCCCCAUCUUCUGGGUCAGCAAGUGGGUGGACUAUUCAGACAAGUACGGCCUUGGGUAUCAGCUCUGUGAUAACAGUGUGGGGGUGCUCUUCAAUGACUCAACACGCCUCAUCCUCUACAAUGAUGGUGACAGCCUGCAGUACAUAGAGCGUGACGGCACCGAGUCCUACCUCACCGUGAGUUCCCAUCCCAACUCCUUGAUGAAGAAGAUCACCCUCCUUAAAUAUUUCCGCAAUUACAUGAGCGAGCACUUGCUGAAGGCAGGUGCCAACAUCACGCCGCGUGAAGGUGAUGAGCUCGCCCGGCUGCCAUACCUACGGACCUGGUUCCGCACCCGCAGCGCCAUCAUCCUGCACCUCAGCAACGGCAGCGUGCAGAUCAACUUCUUCCAGGAUCACACCAAGCUCAUCUUGUGCCCACUGAUGGCAGCCGUGACCUACAUCGACGAGAAGCGGGACUUCCGCACGUACCGCCUGAGUCUCCUGGAGGAGUACGGCUGCUGCAAGGAGCUGGCCAGCCGGCUCCGCUAUGCCCGCACUAUGGUGGACAAGCUGCUGAGCUCACGCUCGGCCAGCAACCGUCUCAAGGCCUCCUAAUAGCCGCCCUCCCCUCCGGACUGCUGCCCUCCUCACUCCACCUGCAUCUGGGGCCCAUACUGGUUGGCUCCCGCAGUGCCAUGUCUGCAGUGUGCCCCUCAGCCCCGGUGGCUGGGCAGAGCUGCAUCAUCCUUGCAGGUGGGGGUUGCUGUAUAAGUUAUUUUUGUACAUGUUCGGGUGUGGGUUCUACAGCCUUGUCCCCUCCCCCUCAACCCCACCAUAUGAAUUGUACAGAAUAUUUCUAUUGAGUUCGGAACUGUCCUUUCCUUGGCUUUAUGCACAUUAAACAGAUGUGAAUAUU